UUAACCCCUUCCCCCAGCCUGGCAUUUGACCCCUUCCUCCCCCAGCUUGGCAGUUAACCCCUAACUGUGCCCUCCAGUGUUUGAGGAGCGGCUGUUUUGGGGGUUCAGGGGUACAGCAGUCCAUGUGUACCCCGGACCCUCAGCUCUCUGGAGGUGCUCCCAGCCGUUGACCCACCCCUCCCAGGGGAGACCCCAUCUCGACCCCUCUCAUUCUCCUCCCCCGGCCGGCCGCCCCCUGUCCCGCGGUGGCUCCGAGGUGCUGUGCUGGUGGCGGUGGCUCCUCCACCCAGGCCGCUCCCCUGGACCCUGAGAGCGGGGGCUGCACGGCUAGCCCCCCCGAGCCGACACUGAAAGCUGGGCGCAUCAAGAGGAUGGUGAGACUGGCAGCCGAGCUGCUGCUACUGCUUGGACUACUCCUGCUCACCCUGCACAUCACAGUUCUCAGAGGGAACCCCGCCACCCCUGCCAAUGCCAGCCAGCACCAGGACGGAGAAUCUUUUGCUGAAGCCAGCUUUGCAAUGAACCCUGGCGAGAGGAGGGAAUACCUUGACGACCAAGUUACACGCAAGUCUUUCCCCAAGCAUCGUCUUAUGACCAGUGGACAUAGUUCUUUGCAAAGAGAUGGGCCUGGUUCAUUCCUUUUGGAUCUUCCAAAUUUUCCUGAUCUGUCCAAAGCUGAUAUAAAUGGCCAAAACCCGAACAUCCAGGUUACAAUUGAGGUUGUUGACGGCCCUGACACGGAGCCGGAAAAUGAUAUGCAAAAGGAGAAUAAGCCCAGCUGGCCGGUUCCAUCACCUGACUGGAGAAACUGGUGGCAGAGGGCAUCAACUUUACCAAGGAUAAAUUACGGAGACCAAGAUUACAAAUAUGAUAGCACGACUGAGGACAGCAACUUCCUAAACCGUCUUGGCGGAUGGAAUAGACAGGGGCCCAGUCACAGGACGUAUGAUGUAAAAGAACAAGCUGAGUAUGAUUAUGCUGACGGUGAAGGCGGUUGGAGCUCUUGGUCUAUAUGUAGCGUCACCUGCGGUAGCGGAAAUCAGAAACGAACAAGAUCUUGUGGCUAUGCCUGCACGGCCACCGAGUCUAGAACCUGCGAUAUGCCAAACUGCCCAGGAAUUGAAGACACGUUUAGAACCGCAGCAACGGAAGUGAGUCUUCUCGCUGGCAGUGAGGACUUUAAUGCUACAAAACUAUUUGGAGUUGAUACUGACAGCUGUGAGCGGUGGAUGAACUGCAAAAGCGAAUUUCUCAAAAAGUAUAUGCACAAAGUCGCCAAUGAUCUCCCCAGCUGCCCUUGUUCCUAUCCGACUGAAGUAGCGUACAGCACAGCUGAGAUACACGAUCGCAAUAAACGCAAAGAUUUUAGAUGGAAGGACGCAAGUGGUCCAAAGGAGAAACUGGAAAUCUACAAGCCAACUGCAAGAUACUGUAUCAGAUCCAUGCUCUCCUUGGAGAGUACCACACUUGCGGCACAACAUUGCUGUUUUGAUGACAGUAUGCAACUCAUAACCAGGGGGAAGGGAGCUGGAACACCCAAUUUGAUCAGUGUAGAGUUUUCAGCAGAGCUUCAUUAUAAAGUUGACAUUUUACCGUGGAUCAUGUGCAAAGGUGACUGGAGUCGCUAUAACGAGCCUCGGCCACCAAACAAUGGCCAAAAAUGUACUGAAAAUCCCUCCGAAGAUGACUAUUUAAAACAGUUUCAAGAAGCCAGAGAAUUUUAGUGGCUUAUUUAUGGAAGGUUAUUUGUUCAGAAGAAAGGACAUAGUACUUACAGUGCUGUAUGACAGAAACAGAGUCGCAUGCUUUGUACACAUCCCUUCUGGGUUUUGAAAGUGUACCUGAUGGAGCAACCUACCUGUGGUUCUCCUCCUGUUGCCUGCAGAAUCUAUAUCCAAUGAUAUCUGGAUAACUACAUGUUUGCUUUGCCUACCCUUUAUGUAUUGUUUUGCAAGUGUACCUUUAUGUAUGUUCUUGCAAAACGUACAAGUAUUGUCACACGCAAUGUACUUAUUGUAUUAUUUUUGUUCCUGUCAUAAUUUUUUUCUGAGCGUUUAUUUUUUUUAUUUUAUUUUUUUAUCUGACAUUGCAAUUUUUCCGAAUAUUAUAUAUAACGGAUCUCGAGAGAAACAAACAUUCUGGCAAUUUUUUAUAAAUGUCGCUGAGCGUUAAGCUUCUUUUUGGGGAUGUGCUGAAAACAUAAUAUGUCUUCUCUAAGAUUCAUCUAAGAAGCAAGGAGAUUGUAUUAAACAUUGUAGCUAUGUAAGGACACUGAUGGAAAACUAGAAGAAAGAGGAUAUGGUCAAGAAGAUCAACAGCACAGUGGUUAACGUGAAAUGAUCUCAAAAUAUUGUUUCUAAAUGGACACCAUGGGUAACCUGAAAGUAAACGAGGGAAUUCAGGGUAUCUCAUUACACGUGACUUUUAUUUUCAGGGACUAUAUCGAUCAAGAGUGGCACUUUCUCAAAAAGAUGAUGAUGACCAUGUUUCAUCUUGUGUGUAGGCCUUACCUUAUUUUAUUUUUUAUUUGGCAUGAACUAAAUGCAGUUUUCAUUUUAUUUUAAUUUUAUUCUUUUCAAAUGUGUGUGAGGUUAAGCUGUUAUUUCUGUUUACAAAUACUGCAAUAUUUUUGUAAAGUAUUUAUUAUGUUCUAGUUCUAUAUUGUGCAUUGCGCAUGUUUGUCCUUUUAUUCCCCUUCGCUCCCUGUCCUCCGGAACGUGGUCACAUGUGGGU